UACAUGUUACGUUUUGAUUGGCCAGGAGAAUGAAUGACAUGACAAACUGAAAUAAACCUAAUUAGUUCUGAAUCAGAAAACCAAACAAGUUACCAGAAGGAAGACCCGCAUGGAUCUGGUGCCGUAACACUGUCUCUUCUGCCCAUCGUUUCUUCAUUUGUUUAUUUUCUGUACUGGGCCAAAGAGAUGGUUCAGCAAGCUGUAGAUUUAAAGUGUAGUGAGUAUGGGCUCAGCAACACGGAAUCUAAUGUGUCCGCUUGUGAUAAGCAAUUUCCUGUUGCAGUAAAGAAGACAGCUUUGAGAGAUGUGCAGAAUGAGAACAGAAUUUCUAAUUCUGUUGCGAAUUCAUCUUUCUCAAAGGAUAGGGGACAAGCUAAUGAUGCUGUUAAAGUUUCCGGCACAAAAAGACCCUCACCUUCACCUAUGGAUCCAGUGAGUUCUCCCCCACCACAUCACCAAUCUCCAAGUAGUAAUGCGGCAAAUGCUCAGCUUGUUUAUGUUCGAAGGAAAUCUGAAGGGGAAACUGGCAAGAGUAGUAUUUGUGAUGGCAGAAGCAUUAAUGUUGACUGCGUGAAUUCAAGGCAACUUGACCAGGCAGAGAUCAUGCAACCAAAACCACAGAUCAAGGAGGCUAAAGUUUCUUUUUUUCCAGCAUAUGCACCUAUGCCUGUGGCUUCCUUGACAAAUGCAUCUGGAAACUCUUCAGUUCCUCUUCCCAUUGGCAACUCUAGUACGAGGUUUCUUUCAACAGAACCUAAUUAUCAUCCUGUUGCGUCUGCUAUCUCUUUGUUGAAUAAUCUAAAGGGAAUGAAGAACCUGCACUGGGAAGAGCGAUAUCAUCAGUUGCAAAUUCUAUUGAAGAAAUUGGAUGAGUCAGACCAAGAGGAUUAUGUACAGAUGCUUCGUUCACUUUCCUCGGUGGAUCUUAGUAGACAUGCAGUUGAGUUGGAGAAGAGAACAAUUCAACUUUCAUUAGAAGAAGCAAAAGAGGUGCAACGGGUUGGGGUUCUAAAUGUACUGGGGAAGGCCAUGAAGAACAUGAAGUCACCCAUGACCUCUAAGGGCGAGCUAGAGAAAUAACAAGAUUGAUCUCUAGUGUUUACUCUUUUGGGUGAAGAUGGAAAUGCAGCUGCAUGCAGGCACUUGUAUCAGCUUAACCCUACUGUUUACUCUUUUUCCUUUUAACCCUAACUGCCAUACCGGCUUCAUUUUGUAGCAUCAAACUCUGUUCACGAUGUAGCUCUGUAAAAAAAAAAAAAAAAAACUGCCACCUUUCUUCAUGAUUAGGUAUUUAGGUGUAUCUAACUGGUUUCAAUCGUUGCUUGACUGGUUGUAAUUAUGUUCGAGACCAAUAUGUCUUCCGCAGGGAUCCGAAAGAGGUUUGAAAACUCACAAGCGGUUUUCUUAUCACGUUGCUGUUGUACUGUAUUCUACCCCUCCUCCCCCUCUCUCCCUGUUUACUGAAAUUUCAUUUUCUUUUUAUUUUGGUAAAAGGAAUAUUGUUGUUUUAUCAUAA